ACUUGAAACUUACGUCUGCUGACGUUCGCCGUGUAGCUUUCGCGCCCUAUUUUGUUCGAUUCCUUAUAAAGCCAGCAGCGCUGCCAUUUAACCGGUGGCCACAUGUCCGUAUCGGUUGGGACGAUGCCAAAUGGCUGGAGCGCUGCCGAGCAAGACGACGAUCUGCGGUGUACACAAUAAAGUCGGGUUUGCUGACGCCUUUCACUCACACGCUACAACUUCCCGUGUGUUCAACCAAACUUUGCCAGAUUUCCACGACAGCGUUCAACGCAGUCUGACGUUCAGUCUCCGUCCUGCCAACUAUAAAUCAUGACUAUUCCUUACGGUUUAUCGCAACGAGGUCUUCAAGCUGCAGUGGUGUGCUGGUUAGCUAGCGCAGUUAUUGGUUUCGUCUCAGGAUGCUGCUCUCUACAGUUAUUUGCCUUCCUGGCUAUUAUCGCCUUGCCGGCAGUUGGUAUCUACUCUUUCAUGAAUGUUGAUCCCAGCACCAAAGCCGUUUUGGUAACCGGAUGUGACUCCGGAUUCGGACAUGCCCUGGCUUUGCAUCUUCAUGAUUUAGGUUUCGUCGUAUUCGCUGGAUGCCUUAUGAAAGAUCAGGGUGCAGAUGGUGUGAAGCAGCUUGACGAAGCAGGAAAAAGCACGGGUCGCUUGAUUACCGUACAGCUAAACGUUACGUCUGAUGAUCAAGUUGCAGCUGCCGUUGAAACUGUCAGGGCUAAGCUACCGUCUUCUAUUAAAGGCCUAUGGGCUGUUGUCAACAAUGCUGGUUUUUCCACUUUCGGUGAAAUGGAAUGGGUUGCCCUCCCAGUUUACGAAAUGGUGGCCUCCAUUAAUCUCUUUGGGUUGAUCCGAGUCACAAAAGGAUUUCUUCCGUUGAUCCGUGAAGCUCAAGGUCGUGUGGUGAAUGUUGCCUCAAUGCUUGGACGGAUGGGAGCUUACGGACGCUCACCUUAUUGCGCCACCAAAUUCGGAGUCGAAGCCGUCUCCGAUUGUCUGCGCUUUGAGAUGAAAAAAUUCAAUGUUGAUGUGGCAGUAAUUGAACCAGGAAAUUUUAUCGCCGGUACUUCUUUGUAUAAUGCUGACGUUGUCAAAGCUCAAUCGAAAAAAAUGUGGGAUGGCAUGAGUGACGAAAUACGUAAUGCUUACGGUCAGGAAUACUUUGAUAAGAAGACCGAAGUUAUGCUCUCCUACACCACAGCCGGAGUAUCUGACAUUUCGCCCGUGGUUGAUGCCAUGACAGAUGCUGUGAUCCGUGUCUAUCCCCGCUGUCGCUAUCAACCAAUGGCAGCGUACGAAUAUUUCAAGAUAUUUGUUGCAACUCACCUUCCGGAAUUUGUGUUUGAUGCCUUGUUUCUCUAGAUUUUGUUUAAAUGUUCAUCUGUUUUAGUGGCUGAAAAAGUUACUACAUGCAAAAAAAUAUCAAUAACGAACAUGCAGAAAGUGUACAAUGGGUUUGCAAAAAGUCAAAUUAAGAUGUUAUAGAGAUGUUGCCGUCCUUAAAGAGGAGGUUUAAAAAUUCUAAUAGUGCAUGAAACAGAUUAGAAUAUAGACUCCUACAAGAACACUCCAAUAUUUGCAUUGGCAAUCCCUGAUUCCGGUGAAAUUCGAUGAAAAUGACACGUAAUACACCAAAUAUAACGCUGA